AUCCUAAAUCUGUUCAUCAAUUGUAUACAUAUAGAUAUUGAUCAGAGAAAAUGAAGAAAAUAUUGCUUAAGAUUUUGUUGAUACAAUGUAUUCUAGUUCUGUCUGCUGCAAAAACAACCCGCAAGACUGGUUAUGAUUUCUUCUAUUUUGUUCAGCAGUGGCCUGGAGCUUAUUGUGAUUCAAGGCAAAGCUGCUGUUACCCUAAGACAGGAAAACCUGUCGAGGACUUCAGCAUUCAUGGCCUUUGGCCCAAUUUUAAUGACGGCUCUUAUCCUCAAAACUGUGAUUUCACCCAAGAGUUUGAUGAUUCACAGAUAUCAGAUCUGAUAACGAGAAUGCAAGAGGACUGGCCAACUCUGGCCUGCCCGAGCGGGGAUGGGAUAAAAUUCUGGAGCCAUGAAUGGAGCAAGCACGGAACCUGCUCUCAGAAAGUCCUUGACCAGCACUCGUAUUUCGAAAAAGCUCUUCAAUUUAAGACUACAUCCAAUCUUCUCCAACACCUUCAAACUGCAGGAAUAAGGCCGGAUAAUGGUUUCUACAGCCUGGACAACAUCCAAGAUGCUAUCAAGGAAGGGUUGGGCGUGACUCCAUUCAUUGAUUGCAAUGUUGACACUGAUAGAAACAAACAAUUAUACCAGGUCUAUCUUUGCGUUGACAAAUCUGCAUCUCGUUUCAUUGAGUGUCCUGUCAUGCCACAUGGUCGCGCCUGUGGUAACAAUGUACAAUUCCAGUCCUUCUCUGAAUCAUCCUCUGAGGACGACGACGACAACAACAACGAUGAACUAUGAUAUCAUUCCACCUUCACUAAGUGUUCAUCCUUAAUUUGACCACAACAUCAUUCAAGAAUUAUGAUAUCUCUCCACCAUUGCAAUCUUUUCAAUUUAUUU